AUGACAUGCUGCCUUUGGAACAGGUUGCCUUGUGGGCAGCAAUGGAGGACAGUGGGGCAGCAGCAGAGCGGGAUUCCAACUCCAAGCUUACCAGUCUUGUGCGCCGCUCGGUGCCCCUCUGUGGCUUCCAUAAGACAAAAGAACAGGGCUCAGUGGCUACCUAAUAUUGUCUUGCAACAGAGACGGGACAGUGGUCAGCAGCUAGGCACUGGUUUCGGGCCCACUGUUGCACCUUUGCGUGGCCCACUAUGGUCAGCCCACCUUGGUCAUGGCUCGUGGACCCCUGGCCACCUCCUCUCCCUCCCAAGAGCUCCUUUAAAAGGAAGCCGUGCCUCCCCUUCUCUCUCCUCAAACGCAUCCACCACCAUGUUCCAUUCCUUCUACUGCCGCUCCUCCACGUACGGCGACUCCACCUUCCUCCCUUCGGUCUUCUGCUCCGCCGCCGUUCCUCACGCCCUCCUCUCCGACGGCAAUGGCUGCCUCCCCCCUUUCCCCUCCUCUUCUCCUCCCUGUACCUCCUCUCAGUCCGCUUAUUUCCUGCACCGGAACAGCAGCAUCCACUCUCUGCCCAUUCACCACCACUUUCCCGACUCCCUCAGCCCCCCACCUCCUCCGCCGCUGCUGCCACUCUCAUCGUCUCCUUCUUCCUCCGCCUGCGACUACUCCGACUUCAACGUCGAUCCAGCACGGCGGGUCCUCAGCACCGGCGACCUCCAGGGGAUGAAUGCUCCGCACGAGAAUUAUAUCCAGGAAGAAGGGGCCGUUGCCGGGAGAGUACGGCCAUACAGUGCCGAGGAGAGGAAGGAAAGGAUCGAGAGGUAUCGCAGCAAGCGCCACCAAAGGAACUUCCACAGGAAGAUCACUUAUGCAUGCAGGAAGACGUUGGCGGACAGCCGGCCGCGAGUGAAGGGCCGGUUUGCGAGGAACGGCGAGCCGGAGACGGAGACGGAGACCGAGAUAGAGAUGAAAGCAGAUACGACGGCGGUCAAGAGCUUCGACUGCUGCGGCUACGACAACUACGAGGCAAAUCACGGCUGCAGCGCUGGCGGCGAUACUGGAGGCGACUGGUGGAGCCAGCUGCAGGCGGCGCUGGCGACGGACGACGAAGGCGAGAGCUCCUACGACGAGGACCUCUUAGCCAGCUUCACCGACGUCUUCUCCAUGAACAAUCUAUCCUGAGCCCUACAAAAGAACAAAGAGACAUGUGAAGGACUGCAAGGUCGGCCGCAGGUGGAGCAGCAGCAGCAGCAGCUGUAGUAGUGAAUACUUCUUGUGGUUUUCUGUCGCCAUUAAGCGCGACCUCAGGCAGCAGCCGGCAGUUUGAGUCAGGGUGUCGUCGCUUCCCUUCCUCUCUGUUCUCGUCAGAUACUUCUAUAAAUGUCGCAGCUUUUCCACUCGUCUCGAUGCCACAGUCAUAAAUCUUCUACAUGAGAUUCUGAGUCGCUUUGCUUUGGUUUUGUGCAAAGACAUCAAAGAUUCACAGCUAACAUAGAAUGGGAGUCGGCUCCAAUCUGCCACAAUGCCAGUCUAUGCUGAGUGGGCCCAUUGAGCUGCAUGACCACUUCCAAGAUGUUAGUGUGUUGUCUUUGGGACUUGGAAAGUAUUGUACUGCUCUUUGAUCAGUAAGAGAAUAUAUCAAUAUUAGGCUAUUCUACCAAGAAACUGUAGCUUUGUUAGCUGUCAAAAAAAUAACACAAGGGGAAAGGGAGGUUGAUUUGUCAAAAGGAAUGGGAGAAAGAGGACAAGAUUUUUUUGAUGAUAAAAGUGUUUGAUGCAUAUUUUGGGGCCUUCAUGAUGACCCAAUCCAUUCAUCAGCUCAUGGUGGUUGACAUCUUUCUUUUUAGAAGUUACUUGCAACCAAGGAUUGUAACUUGGGAAAAAGAAAAGGCAUUAAUCAAAUCAUAGGCUAAUUUCUUAGUGGCUAAUGAUCAGUUCGACAGAAUUUUGAGGUUGGAGUGGAAGUGACUGAAGUUAGCAAAAUUUCCAAAGACAUUUGCUUUGGUGACAUAAAGUAAGUUCCACACAGACUCUCUCCCUCUCUCUUGGUACAUAAAAGAGAGAGAGAGAGAGAGAGAGUCAUGGAGAAGCAAAAGCUUUUUGGUCAAAGGAGUGAGGGAAUGUGGAGAGUGGCUUUAGGAAUUUGGAAUAAUCUCCUCAAUAAUCAUAGCCCAUCUCAUGGAAUUAUUUAAUGUUUUCUUAUAACCUUCACAGAAGUUACUUCAAACUAACUUUUGUAGUUUACAGAGAAGAGCCAAGUGAUCCUUA